AUGAUGGAUCGAUGCAACCCCAGCGCCAGAAUGUCCGCCGAAAAUCGCAGGGACCGCCAUUUUUACAUACACCUAGGUGCUGCAUUGUUGUGCUCAUCAACCUCACCCUUCACAGAUUCCAACAUGGUCCAUCAACAUAGUGCAGGUGCACCACAGCCGAACGGGACAGGGCGGAAGACAGACUGCUGGCUGCUGGCUGCUGGAUGGGGCUUGGGGAACGUUGCCGGUGCGGUGCGAAGCGGUACGGCGCAUCAUCCUCGUCGCUUCGUCGCUUACACCGGCUGUGGUCUUCCAAUGCUUCCAGACGAUUCUCCAUUCUCGUGGGUUGGGGUUGCCUAUCCGUACCUUACCUUACCUUGGGAAAUUGGGGGUGGUCUGUUUCUGUUUCUGUCUGUCCCCCGUAUCCGAUCGAGAUCAGGAUCAGGCCCCUUGCCCAAAACGAACCGAGAGAAGGAAGGAAAGAAAACACAAAAAAAGCCGUUGUUUAUCCACCAGCAGCCAGCGGGAGACUGA